GUCAUUCCUCCCCUGUUCUUCCCAUGGAUCCUUUCCUCCCACUCCGCCACUGGCCGGAGGCGUCGUCGCCGCUCCUCUCAUCCCCCGGCGGGUCCUCGGACCACCGUUCGCCCCGGCGGCUGCGUCUCCACGCCCUCCUCUUAUCGUCAGCCCUCACAUUGCUCGUGGUAGUGGUCGUGGUGGUGCUCGGCGGCGGCGGCGGAGGUGGGCACGAGACGAUUACCACGCUCCGCCCCGGAAGCAGCGGAGCGGUCUCCCGCGGAAGGGAGGCCGGCGUCUCCGAGAAGUCGUCCGGCGGCAGGCUGUCCGCUGAGGGCGGCGGCGGCGGAGGAGAUGACUCCUUCCAGUGGACCAACGACAUGCUGCGGUGGCAGCGCACCGGCUUCCAUUUCCAGCCCCUCAAUAAUUGGAUGAAUGAUCCAAACGCGCCGUUAUAUUACAAGGGAUGGUACCACUUGUUCUACCAAUACAACCCCAGCGGUGCUGUGUGGGGCAACAUCACGUGGGGCCACGCAGUGUCACGUGACCUGGUCCGGUGGCUCCACCUCCCCGUCGCUCUGUUCCCCGACCGGUGGUACGACGCCCACGGCCCCUGGUCCGGCUCCGCCACCGUCCUUCCCUCCUCCGGCAUCCCCGUAAUUUUGUACACUGGCUCCACCAACUCAUCCUCCCAGGUCCAGAACCUCGCCGUCCCCACCGACCCUUCCGAUCCCCUGCUCCGGCGCUGGUCCAAGGCCGCCGCCAAUCCGGUCAUCCUCCCUCCCGCCGGCGUUGGUCUGUAUGACUUCCGAGACCCUACCACAGCCUGGCCGGCAGUCGACGGGGGCUCCUGGCUGAUCGCCAUCGGCACCAAGGACGACUCCGCCGCCGCUCACGCCGGCGUCGCGCUCGUCUACCGUACAGUCGACUUCGUGAAGUACGAGUUGGUGCCCGGGGAGCUGCAUCGGGUCGUGGGGACGGGGAUGUGGGAGUGCGUUGACUUCUACCCGGUGUCGGAGGGGGCGAAGCACGUGCUGAAGGCGAGCUUGGACGACGACCGGCGGGAUUACUACGCGAUCGGGAGCUACGACGAGGGGAGGAACGAGUGGGUCCCGGAUGACGCGGCGGCGGACGUGGGGGUGGGGCUGAGGUACGAUUGGGGUAACUUCUACGCGUCGAAGUCGUUCUACGACCCGGCGAAGCGGCGGCGGGUGCUGUGGGGGUGGGUCGGCGAGGCCGACAGCGAGGCCGCCGACGUCCGCAAGGGCUGGGCGUCGCUCCAGGGCAUCCCUCGAACGGUAGAAUUGGACGCAAAAACGGGAAGAAAUCUGGUGCAGUGGCCGGUGGAGGAGGUGGAGAGUCUGAGAAUGAGCAGCCAAAAAUUCGAGAACAUCAAAUUGCUUCCUGGAUCCUCAAUCCCUCUCGACGUUGGCCCGGCCACUCAGGUGGACAUGGAGGGUGAGUUCGAGAUAGACGCGGCGGCAAUAGCAGCGUUGAUGACGGCGACGGCGGGGGCGGGUUACAAUUGCAGCACGGGCGGCGGCGCUGCGGCGAGAGGCGCCGUCGGGCCGUUCGGCCUUGCGGUGUUGGCCGACGAGGCAGUCCUGGAGAAGACGGCCGUAUACUUCUACGUCGCGAGAGCUGCUGACGGCCAACUGGCCACGCACUUCUGCCACGACGAAUCCCGGUCAUCAAGGGCGAACGAUAUUGUGAAGAGUGUGGUCGGCAGCGAAGUUGUUGUGCUUCCGGGCGAGGCAUUAUCCGUCAGAAUUUUGGUGGAUCAUUCGAUAGUGGAGAGUUUUGCUCAGGGAGGAAGAACAUGCAUCACUUCCCGUGUAUAUCCAACUAAGGCAAUUUACGACGCUGCGAAAGUCUUCCUCUUCAACAAUGCUAAAGAUGCCACGGUCACUCUCAAGUCUCUCACCGUCUGGCAAAUGAAUUCAACAUCGAAUCAGAGCCCUAACUUCCAUGAUGCUAAAGAGGCAAUCGUCUCAGGAUCCAGUCUAAUGAAGGACCCAUAUUUUUUUAAUUAUGCUAAAAAAAAAUGAAAGAUAUGGACCUUAAAUGACCGUUAAACCUAUUCUCACGGGCACCACCGACAUAUGACUCUUCUUUGCAAUUUCUUCUCCAGUGUUGCUCUUCUUUGCACGUAAUUUCUUCUACGAUUCUUUCUACCAAGGCACGGAUUUAUGGA